AUGGAUUCCGACACCUUUCAAGUCUUGCAGAAGGAACUCACCUGCUCCAUCUGCAUGAACUACUUCCUAGACCCGGUCACCUUAGAUUGUGGGCACAGCUUUUGCCGUCCCUGCCUGUUCCUCAGCUGGGAUGCAUCCCAGACUCCCAUGUGCUGCCCUCAUUGCAGACAAGUGUCGAAGAAGUCAGAUCUGAAAACCAACACCCAACUCAGGAACAUGGCUUCCCUGGCCAGACAGGCCAGAAUUGAUCCUGUCAACAGCUCUCAGGAGCAGAUCUGUGAGGCACAUGAUGCUGCAAAGUGGGUCUUCUGUGACACUGACAGGAACCUGCUCUGUGGGCUCUGCUCUGAUUCCCUGGAGCACAUGCUUCACAGCCACCGCUCAACCCAACGGGCUGCUGAGGAAUUUAGGGAGAAACUUCUCAAGAGGAUGGGCUCCUUGUGGAAUAUGACUAAACAACUGCAAAGCAAUGUGAAGCUGGAAACUAGCAAAGCCGAGUCACUGGAGGAGUAUGUGGCCCUUAGGAAGGCGAUGAUCAAAGCUGAAUAUCAGAAGAUUCAUCAAUUUCUCUUUGAGGAGGAGCACCUCCAUCUGCACGUUAUGGAGAAAGAAGCAAAGGAGAUCUACGAUAAACUGGAGGAAAGCAGAGUCAGAAUGACCCAACAGAUAGAAACCCAGAGAGAAAUGUUCACAGAGCUGAAGGACAUGUGCCAAAAGUCAGAUGUGGAGCUGCUCCAGGAUUUGGGAACUGUGAUGGAAAGGACUGAAUUGGUGCAGAAUCAAACAACUCAACCAGUGAAUCCCGACCUCACUUCCUGGUGCAGCACUGGACUCCUGGACAUGCUGAGCAGAUUCAAAGUGGAUAAUGUCCUGCAUCCUGGAACCAUCGGUCACCUCAUGAGCCUUUCUGAGGAUGUGAAGGGUGUGCUGUUUGGAAAUAACCAUCACAGCAUGUCCAGGGAGCCUCAGAGAGUGCGGAGUCUUGCUGCAUGGGGAAAUCAUACAUUCAUCUCGGGUAGACAUUACUGGGAGGUGGAUGUGCCACGCUCCUCGAGUUGGGUUCUGGGAGUGUGUAAAGAUGUCCUCAUAAGAGAGAAUGAUUUCAUUAUUGAUUUUGAAGAAGCAUCUCUUCUAUUUGCCUUGAAGCUGAAUGAUCAUUAUUAUCUCUCCACUAACCGCCCACUCUUAGUUCAUCAUGUGAAAAUGCCUGUGGGUAAGAUUGGAGUGUUUCUGGAUUAUGACAAAGGUACUGUGAGCUUCCAUGAUGCUGCCGAUGGUUCCCUCUUAUGCAGUUUGACUUCUUCCACCUUCUCUUUCCCUCUGAAGCCUUUCCGUUGCGUUAAUAUUUCAUGA